AAACUGUCCAACAUGUUCAGCAGAGUUUUGAUUUUUGUGCUUCUGGGUUGCGCCCUUGCCUUCCUGCAGAGCUCAUCUGCUGCCGAAGUCCAAUCCAAAUUACGGGUUCGCCGUGAGCAACAUGGAGAAAAGGUAGCUGCCUGGUGGCACAACCUUGAAGACAAAGUAUCCAAAUUCGCCCAAAACGUAAAGGACAAAAUCACCAACUGGUGGGAUAAAAUCACUGGCAGAGCCGCGUACAAAGCCAAACAGCAGGAGUUGCUUAAACUGAAGCAAGAAUAUGAAGCCUUGAAAGAGGAGAGCGAGCGCGCUGUUCGGGCAAAGAAGGAGGCUUGGCAGAAAGUCUUGGCUGAGAACGAGAAGAGACUUGCUGAACUUAAAAACCAAGCUGAAUCCGAGGUCGAGGGAGAGAUCAACGGCUGGAACAACAAGUUUGAUCAAUUACAAGAGAAAGCCGAAGUUGUUAUCAAAUCUUAAAAAUUCUGAGACAAAAUUGUACAGAUGAGUCAACGGCGUCGAAUAUAUAUGGAUUUUUUACUUUGUGAUCGUUGUUGAUGAUAAAUAAAAUACAAAUACACAAAUUU